AUUAUUUUAAUAUGUCGGAUAGAGUAACAAGAAAAGGAAAGAAUUAAGUAUAGAAAGAGGAGCCAAAAUAGACAAAGAAAUAGAAAGUAUAGAAGGAGAGCUAUGAUAUAGGAUAAUUGUAGGAUAUAGGUAAUUGAAUAAUAUAUAAAAAGCUCAUUAAUUGAGAAUACAUUCAAUAGAGAUGACAAUAGCAUCAAAUUCUGGACAUCCAACAUCAUGUGCAUCAAUGGCAGAAAUAAUGGGAGUGUUAUUUUUUACAAAGGCAGGAAUGCAUUAUAAUCCAAAGGAUCCAGGAGUAAAGUGUAAAAUAGAUUUUAGAAUUUUGGAAAUGAUAGAUUUGUAUUAUCAAAAGGACAUGCAGCUCCAAUUUUAUAUGCAGCUUGGUCAAUGGCUGGUUAUAUAGAUGGGACAGAAUUAUUGAAUUUAAGAAAGAUAGAUUCACUUUUAGAAGGACAUCCAGUUCCAAAGUAAAAAGAUAUAGUAAUUAGAUUACCUUUUGUUGAUGUAGCAACAGGAUCAUUAGGAUAAGGAUUAUCAGUAGCAGGUGGAAUGGCUUAUUCAUCAAAAUAUUUAGAUAAGAUAAACAAUAGAUACUGGGUUUUAAUGGGAGAUGGUGAGAUAGCAGAAGGAUCUGUAUGGGAAGCAGCACAUUUAGCAAGUCAUUACAAAUUAGAUAAUAUCACAGCAAUAGUUGAUGUUAAUAGAUUGGGUUAAUCAGAAGAGACAUCAAUUGGUCAUGAUAUUAAUGUGUAUAAGAAGAGAUGGGAAGCAUUUGGAUGGAAAACAAUAGUAAUUGAUGGACAUAAUUUAAAUUAAUUAACUGAUGCAUUUGAAUAAGUAACACAAUUCAAAAAUAUUGUAUGUAGUGUAGAAAUGUUAAGAAUUAGCCACAAGUUAUAAUUGCUAAAACAUUCAAAGGAAAAUAUUUAGAAAUGGAGAACAAGGAGGAUUGGCAUGGAAAACCAGUUCCAUAAGCCUAAGUAGAGUUUGUUAAAAAGUAAAUGAAGUAGUAAGGAGGAUUCACAUUAACUCCUGAGGUUCCAGUUUAAAUUGAAAAACCUUAAUAAAGUCAUUUUACUUUGGAAGUUAAUUAUGGUCCUGAUGCAAAAUAAUCAACAAGAGAAGCAUAUGGAAAAGCUUUAGUAGGAUUGAGUAAAACAGAUGCUAACUAAUAAAUAGUAGCUGUUGAUGGUGAUACUAAAAAUUCAACAUUCUCAAUCAAAUAUAAAGAAGCAGUUCCAACAAACUUUGUAGAAUGUUUUAUAGCUGAAUAAAAUAUGGUAGGUUGGGCAUAAGGAUUUAGUUGCAGAGGUAAAGUAGCAUUUGCAUCUACAUUUGCUGCAUUUUUUGCAAGAGGUUUUGAUUAAAUAAGAAUGGGAGGAGUUAGUGGAUCUUAAGUAAAAUAUGUUGGAUCACAUGCUGGUGUAUCUAUUGGAGAAGAUGGACCAUCAUAAAUGGGUCUCGAAGAUAUUGCGAUGUUUAGAACUAUUCCUAAUUGUGUUGUAUUAUAUCCAUCUGAUGGUGUAUCUGCAGAAAGAGCAAUUGAAUUAGUUGCUAAUUAAAAAUCUGCUUGUUAUGUUAGAAUGAGUAGACCAUCAUUACCUAUCUUAUAUUCAAAUGACGAAGUAUUUCAAAUAGGAAAGUAAUAUAUAAUAUCUAAAUUCUCUCUAGAUCCAAAAUAUUAAAAUAAAAUAAUGAUGAUAAGAUCUUACUUAUUGGAGGAGGUGUUACCACACAUGAAAUAUUUAAAGCAGCUAAAUAAUUGAGUGAAUAAGACAACAUUCAUGUUACAGUAUUGGACUUAUUCUCAGUUAAACCUAUUGAUCAUGAUGGUAUCAUCAAUGCUGCCAACAAAACUGCCUUAAAGACUAUUCUUGUUGUUGAAGAUCAUUAUUAAGAAGGAGGCCUCUAUGGUAAUCAUUUUAUUAACAUAUUUUUUAGAAGCUGUAUCCUCUUCAUUAAGUCUUAAUAAUGAAGUUAAGAUACACUCCAUUCAUGUAGACAAAAUUGCUAAGAGUGGUACUCCAGCAUAAAUGUUAUCAUUGUAUCAUCUAGAUGCUGCAGGUAUUAUAGCUAAAGUUAAGUCCAUUAUUUAAUGACAAAUCAUAACAUCAUAAAUA